CAGAUUCAGAGGGACAGACAGCCAUGGACAGGAGGCCGGAUAUGGGAGGGGCAAAUGCCCCAGCGGCCCCUGAACGCGUGAGGGAUCUCCAGAGUCAGGUGGACGACGUAAAGGGAAUCAUGUCCCAAAAUGUGGAGCGAAUUCUGGCACGGGGAGAGAAUCUGGAUCAUCUAAGGAACAAAACAGAAGACCUGGAAGCUAGCUCUGAACACUUCAAGACCACUUCCCAGAAGGUUGCCCGCAAGUACUGGUGGAAAAACGCAAAGAUGAUUGCCAUAAUCUGCGUGGUGGUUGGAAUUAUUGUACUCCUCAUCAUCCUCCUCGCCACUGGAGUCAUCCCCACAUAAAGAUUGUCACUCGCCAACCAGGCUGCUCUGCCAAUGAGGACUCAUGAUUACCUUUCACUUACUCCUGCCUGAUGAGCUCUCCUCAAGCCAAUGGAGAGAGGCCAAUCAGACUUGUGUUGUUAUACUUUGGAUGCCUCUGAUUGGCUACAUUCAUUUUCUCCUUAUGUGUUGGCCUGUUUCAGGUCACACCUAGAUCCAGUGGGGUCUGCAUACCAAAUGAGUGUAUAUUUUCUUCCUACACAUAAAGGUUUGAUUCUCAAUAUGGCAAAUAAAAAUAUCUAGGUAUAUUAUUUCAUUCCUACUUGCAGCCCAUUUCCCACUUUGUUUCCGGUGAUAUGUUUUUGGUUAAGUUCUUGUACUCAUUGUACACCAUUACCAUUGUACACCAUUACCGUUAUGGACUAGAUAAAAGUGUAAUA